CCGGAAUCCCGCCCGCGGCCGCCGCCGCCGCCGCGCACCAUGCUACCUGCGGCCGCCCGGGCGGCUCCUGGAACCCUCGCUCGCGGCGAUGACAGCCACCCCAGCGGAGCCGCCGCAGCUCAGUGCUCGGACAAUUUGAAAGUACAAUAGUUGGUUUCCCUGUCCACCCGCCCCGCUUCGCUUGCCAUCACAGCACGCCUAUCGGACCGGAGUGGAGAAGUCCCGCUGCUCGGGUUCUCCAUGAUAUAUUCGCCUAACACCUACGUAUAUUCUCAAAAACAUUAAAUAUAAUUAACCAUCAAAAGAAAAAGGAGAAAAGGAAGGGAAACAUUACUGGGUUACUAUGCACUUGCGACUGAUUUCUUGGUUUUUUAUCAUUUUGAACUUUAUGGAAUACAUCGGCAGCCAAAACGCCUCCCGGGGAAGGCGCCAGCGAAGAAUGCAUCCUAACGUCAGUCAAGGCUGCCAAGGAGGCUGUGCGACGUGUUCGGAUUACAAUGGAUGUUUGUCCUGUAAGCCCAGACUAUUUUUUGUUCUGGAAAGAAUUGGCAUGAAGCAGAUUGGAGUGUGUCUCUCUUCAUGUCCAAGUGGAUAUUAUGGAACUCGAUAUCCAGAUAUAAAUAAAUGUACAAAAUGCAAAGCUGACUGCGAUACCUGUUUCAACAAAAAUUUCUGUACAAAGUGUAAAAGUGGAUUUUACUUACACCUUGGAAAGUGCCUUGACAAUUGCCCAGAAGGGUUGGAAGCCAACAACCAUACCAUGGAAUGCAUCAGUAUUGUGCACUGCGAAGCCAGUGAAUGGAGUCCUUGGAGUCCGUGCACGAAGAAAGGAAAAACAUGUGGCUUCAAAAGAGGGACUGAAACACGGGUCCGAGAAAUCAUACAGCAUCCGUCAGCAAAGGGUAACCUGUGUCCCCCGACAAAUGAGACAAGAAAGUGUACAGUGCAAAGGAAGAAGUGUCAGAAGGGAGAAAGAGGAAAAAAAGGAAGGGAGAGGAAAAGAAAAAAACUCAAUAAAGAAGAAAGUAAGGAAGCAAUCCCCGACAACAAAGGUCUGGAAUCUAGCAGAGAAACCCCGGAACAACGAGAAAACAAAGACAAACAGCAGCAGAAGAAGCGAAAAGCCCAAGAUAAACAACAGAAAUCGGUAUCAGUCAGCACUGUACACUAGAGGGUCCCAUGAGAUUGUUGUAGACUCAUGAUGCUGCUAUCUCACCAGAUGCCCAGGACAGGCGCUGUAGCCAUUAGGACCGCAAAUGGACAACAUAUCAGUUACUGCUCUGUCUAAACAACAUUCUAAAUAGUUGCUAUAUUCUUCAUACAAACAUAGUUAACAACAAAGAGCCAAAAGUUCAAAGAAGGGAUAAUUUAAAUGGUUACCUUGUGUGCUUCUGUGCAUUUUUAAAAGACAAGAAAUUUUGUACAUAAUUAUCGAUAGGUUAUAUCAUGUUACAACAUAAUGAUGACAUCUGGAGAAGGAACAUCUUUUCCCUAGACAAAUGUUUUUUCAAGCUAUUGUUUUAAGAAGCAAAAGAUAAUUCUGCAAAUUCAAAGUUGCAGUAUCCCUUCAAAACAAAUAAGAGAGCAGGGGAGAGAAACAUCGUUCAAAGGAAAGUGUUGUUUUGUCCAGGAGAUCUAGAAAAUGCUCAGAACUAGGGCCUGGCAUUUGGAAUUAUAGGAUUUAUCAUCACAGAAACACCUGUUUUAAGAUUAGUUGUAUUGCCUUCAUCCUGUACUUCUGCAAGAAACAUGAGAGUGCAUACCAGAGUUAAAUAUACUGGAUGGGAUUGGAGAAAAGCAAAAUGUGGAAGAAAUCAUAGAGUUGGAGAUUGCUUUUGUGUGCUUUACAAAACUGUGAAGGGUUGUGAUCACCUGGAGCAGGUCUCCAAUCUAUGUCAGCACUAUGUGGCUCAGCCUCUACUACUCCUUGGAGUAUAUGUCUGUAAACAUGUACCUGAAACAUACUUCCAAAAACAAAAUAUACUUAUUAGAAGAAAAUUCUGGUUUCAUAGAAAACAAAAAAUAGAGCAAGGAGAAUAUAACGUGUUUGCAAAGUCAUGUGUUUUCUUUCACUCUCAAUGUGGGAAGAACAGUUUUAUUACCCACUUAAUGGUCCACCUGGAACUAAAAGGGAUGCUACUUUCUAACAAGGUGUGUCUAGUAGAGGACAAAGCCACCACAAUAAAUAUAUUUGUUAAUAGUUUUUAAAGUUUUGUUCACUUGGUUUUAUUGUUUGUUUUAUUGAGAAAUUGUUACUCUUAAAGACUCAUGAAUCCUGAAAGAGAAAGAGAAUUCUGCUGAAUCAGAGAACCUGUGUCCUAUGUAAUUCAGAACAUAUUACAUUUCUCAGUGUUUGCUUUUUGAAUCCACUUUUAUCUGAGCCAAUGGAGAUGUACUUAUGGGGUACUAGGAGAUAUUUAUUCAACUUAUUCAACUUUUUUCCUAUUUUAAUCAACAAAAUUCUAAUUCUAGAUGUGUGGGCCUCCCUGUAUGAUUUCACUGCUCCCCCUUUAUUGACUUAGAAAUGAGCAUCUUUUCUUGUAUGUCAGUUCUCCCUGCAUCUUCAACAUUUAGCCUUUUCUUCUCCAUAUUUUCUCAGUCUGUGGAUCUCUUUGGGGGAUUGAAGUCACCCUAGCUGAAGCCUCACCAGUGCUGCACAGAGGACACAGCCAGCCCAGUACAGGAGGCAGCAUCUCUGAGUGUGCAGCACAGAAUUGCAUGACCCACCUUAACCUUCCUGUUGUAACGGAAGGACGCACAGCUGCUCUGUCCACCAUGCUUCCAGCCCUCUCAGGAUCACUACUUUCUGAAGAAUGUGUGAUGAAUCUGGCAUUUGGCUGCCUAUCUCUGGGCAUCCUUUCUCCACCAACUGUACUGCUCAUGUGGACUGCUUCGCUUAAUUGGUGUUCCACUUCUCUUUUCCUCUUCCAAGAUACAACACUUUAAAUGAUAUAUUCCUGUUUCUCACUCUGGUGUUUCUUUCCUUGUCCCCAUGAGAUAAAUGUUUCAACUAACUAGAUCUAUUCCCAAUGUAUAAAAUAAUUCUAUCUUCAACUGAAACUUAGGUUACCAAGGAGAAACAAACCUAAUCUUACAGAAUUAUGUUAAGUGGAAGUGUGUUCACAUGUUUUAGAAUUUCUGGAUAGUUUCAAACACCAUCUUUGUCCUCAAUGCUGUCCAGCCAAGUAGCCAAAUUAGUUUUGCAUAUCUUUCUAUGCUCACCAUUGUCUUCAUUCUUUCAGUAAGCACUCACUGAGAAGGUCUACACCUGCAUAUGCAAAGCUGGAAAAAAGUUAAAUAAACCAGGACACAACAAUUGUGGCAAAUGACUAUCAUGUCUUCCCACGUGUUUUGAUUCAAGGCUAUUACCCUGUGGUCCUCAGAAAAUUUAGAGGAUCUAAAUCCCUGAUGCAAAACUUAAAAGCAGAGUUGUUACAAAGGUAAAAGAACUGAAAACUAACACUAAUCUUCAUACCUUACGUGAAAUAUAAAUGAAGACAAAGAUAAGAUCAAUUUUAACUGCAAUUUUCAAUCCACCUGUAAUAGAUCCUUAAGCACAUAGAAUCACAAUAUCCAAACUAGCAGACUUCUCAACAUCGAGCAAAAGCUCAUUAUUGACUUCUGGUGAAGUUUCUGCACUAGUCACAGAAGCCAUCAAGUUUCUGCUCUGAUUAUGUUUCAGAGAACUGGGUCCCCAUUUCUCCUGUGCAACAAGAAAGAAGGAGUCUGGAGAUCAUCACUGUACUCCCAGGCAAGGGAACAUUUGACACUUCUUUUACCUCAGGGUGAUGACCCCAGUGAGUCAUCAUUAGUGACGGUGUCCUUUGGAAAUUAUGCCAAUCUUACUUUUCCCAAAAGUGGAAGUAUAUAGGCUCUCAGAGGAAACAGAUUUAACUCUGCAGCUCUGAUGUUAUUGAAUUAAAAGUUGUGCAUAUUAGUGGUUAUUAAAAUAUUUAAAUGAAUAACAUUGGGAAGAAAAAGAAUAUAUAAAUACAGCUAAUGCCAAGAAUAGACACUGAUCCCCACAAAGGGAAACAGUAGAGUGAAAAGUGCACUGUAGCUAGAGUUAGCCUCUGUGAAUGUCCCAACUCCGCUACUAACUGGUUGUAACUUGUGUGACCUUGGGCAAGUUGCAUGGUCUCUCAGAGCCUCCAUCCUUCAUCUGCAAAAUGGAAGUAGCAACACCUCUCUUGCAAGGUUCUUAUGAGAAUUAAGAGGUUCAUCACUCAGUAUAAUAAUAACUAUUCUGUAUAUAAGUAAUUAUCAAUAAAAAGGAAUGACUAAUUCUAUGUUACACAUAUAAAUCAAUUUUAUUUCUUGACUAAUUACAUGUGAAAGUAUUCACAUAAGUGUACAUGUGUAAUAAUUUCAAGGUAUAAGUAUAUAUGUGAGAAUCAUGGAAAUGAAAAAAUAACUAAAAUGUAAAUACCAAUUUUGUCUUGGAUCCUCUUAAAAUUAAGAAAUUACUUAUUCUCAAAAGUAUGCAUUUUUUAUAAAUGGGCAUAAUUAAAGACACUCCAUCUUUCCCAUGGAUAUAUUUUAGUAGCAGGAGAACUGACUAGAUUCUUUCUCAAUACAAUUAUACAACUAUUUCUGGGCAGAUUAUGGGGAAAAGGCCUCUUUCUAAGGCUGAUUUGUUACUAACAGGGCGUAACUUCGUGCAACGCAAAGAGAAUUUGUCUGGAAUCCAUCCUCAACAGAAAGAUUAUGAUUAAAUAAAGCUGGUGGUCAGAUAAAUUGAGACUUUUUCCAUUUCAAGCAGUAACACUUUAUCUCACUAACUUAGUUAUUUAUCUUACUAACUUAGUUAUCAUUUUGUUUCAAGAUUUCUCAAAAAAAGAGGAACAAAACAAAACAAAUGGUUGUACACCCUUUAUGCUAGCUACUUACCCUUUGACUAAGUUAUUUCAUGUUUUUACCCCAAAAGCCCUCCAAGGGAGUUACUAAUAUCCUUGUUUUACAAAUGAGGAAACUGAGGUACAGAGAAGUGCCCAAAGUCACACAACCAGCAACCAGUGAACCCAGAAGUAACACCCAGCACUCCGAAGCCCAUGUUCCUUAAAAUUAUAUUAACUAUUAGUUUCGUGAUUGCCCAUGACGUGCAAUAUUGAAGUGUUUUCCCAUGAUCUGAAAUAGGAUCUCAUGAAGCCUGAGAAUUCAAAUCAUAGAAGCCUCAACCCAAUAUAACAUUUAACUCGGAGUCUGAACUCAAAAUGUGACUGCCAGUGUCAGAGAGAGAGAGAGAGGGCAUGCUCUGCAGGGAGCCUAUGCACUGGCUGGUGCGGCAAUGGAUUGGGGGAGGCGAGUGUGUUGGGAGGUAAGAGGAAUAAAAAGGAGGAAAGAAAAUGAUGUGCCAUCAGAGAAAGAUGAAAGUUCAGACAGAAAGAGAAUAGUGAGACUGGCAUCUUGGGAAGUUCUGGAUUGCUAUAGCCUUCUAUGACUAUGGAGUUGCCCUCAAUUCAGUUACCUUCUGGUGUAAGCAGGGCAUUUGCCAGCACUAUCAUCUUUCCCCUGAGUUCUUGUUCAGAAUGGCAGUGAUCCAGGAAGAAACAUCAACAGAUCUUCCUCACCCUCAGAACUACCAGAGCAACUUUCUUCAGAUAAUACCCCACUUUCUCCCAACUACUUUCUGACAUUCAAUAUUAGAAUUUUAAUUGUUAUACACCUUUUCUUGCCCAUCCUAUCUUUCAAGUAAUUCAGAGGUCAACAUGUUCAUCACAUAAACAGGUACAAAAAAAAAUGAAGGAGGGAAAAAAAAGGAAGGGAGGAGAGAAGGGAAGAAGGAAGGGAGGAAGGAAGGAAUGAGGGGAGAAGAGAGAAAGCCAAAAAAUAGUAACCACUUUUAUUCAUAAUCAUUAAAAUAUAGUUGUAAGAGAACUUCAACUAGGAGGAGUAUUCCAUUAACUGGAAAACUGGUAACAUGGUAAUUUCAGGAGACAGAAUUACAUGACCACAAAAUAAUCUAAUAUACAAACAGUUUGCAAAAUAUGCUACACUUCUACAUCUAUAGUUGUAUGCAAUGAAAAUUGUUCAAAAUGAUACUGAGACAAUCUAAGAUAUUGAAUACUCUACUCAAGAUUGUUUUAUUUUUAAAAACAAAGAAUUGGCAAUACAUAUUCAAUUCAACAACUCCUUUAAAAAUUUAAAGACGCACCUACUUUUAUAAUAAAAUCUGAAAUAAUCUAAUGCAUUAUAAGUGCUUUAAAACUAUAAAACACAAUAAAUAAGUAAGCUAUUAUUGUUGCUAGCCAGUCGCUAGCUACAGCAAGAUUGGCUUUUCCUUCCCCAUUAAUCACACUGCUGCCCUCACUGAAGAUUUCAGUCUUAGACGAAAUUAUCCAUGUUUUUUUCAAAAAGGAGUCAAUAGAAAUGCUAAUACCUGAGAUGACCACAUAUUUAAGAAUGUAGCAAUGCACUCUUUCCUUUUGGUGUAUUUUUUCUGUAACUGCUUGGCAUUGGGGCUAUAUCAAAGGUGGGACUUCACUUUGUAAAUUUUCUGAUACCCAACACAAUAAAAUAUGCUACCAAUAAA